CUUUCAGAGAUGUAGAUGGCAGCUGCUGUGUUCGAAGGACUCGCACCCAUCUGACCCUGCACAGCCUGCGAUUGCUACCAUGAUCUUCUGCGUGCUGCUGCUGGCCUCCCUGCCUGAGCCGGCAGGCGCCCAGGUCAACCCUGCUAUAUGCCGUUACCCUUUGGGUAUGCACGAAGGGACGAUACGAGAUGAAGACAUCACAGCUUCCAGCCAGUGGUAUGAUUCCACAGGGCCCCAGUAUGCACGGUUACAAAGGGAAGAGGGGGAUGGAGCCUGGUGCCCAGCUGGCUUGCUGCAACCAGAAGAUGUCCAGUUCCUCCAAAUCGACCUGCACAAGCUGUUUUUCAUCACCUUGGUUGGCACUCAGGGACGGCAUGCCCAUGCCACAGGCAAGGAGUUUGCCCGCGCUUACCGCAUUGACUACAGCCGCAACGGCGAGCGCUGGGUCUCCUGGAAGGACCGUCAGGGCAGGAAGGUGAUCCAAGGCAACAUCGACACUUACGACGUGGUCUUGAAAGAUCUUCGGCCUCCCAUCAUUGCACGUUUUAUCCGGGUGAUUCCUGUGACAGAGAUGCCAAUGACUGUCUGCAUGAGGGUGGAGCUCUAUGGCUGUGUCUGGUAUGAUGGUUUGGCAUCCUAUAGCAUCCCUGAAGGAGGGACAAUAGCGGCUCCUGGCUCCCCCAUCGUUUAUCUGAAUGACUCGACCUAUGAUGGCUACCAGGAGCGCAGGCACUUGUACGGCGGCCUGGGCCAGCUCACGGACGGGGUGCUGGGCCUGGAUGACUUCACACAGAGCCACCAGUACCGUGUGUGGCCGGGCUAUGACUACGUGGGCUGGAAGAAUGAGAGCUUCAGCACGGGCUAUGUUGAAAUGGAGUUCCAGUUUGACCGGCCACGGAACUUCACCUCCAUGAAGGUGCAUUGCAACAACAUGUUUUCCAAGGGGGUAAAGAUCUUCCAGAAGGUGGAGUGUCUGUUCAAACCACGCCUGAUUGCAGACUGGGAGCCUGAGCCUGUCGGGGUGGCAACUGUCCUGGAUGACAAAAACCCCAGUGCCAGGUUUGUGACUGUGCCCCUCAGCCAGCGCGUGGGUAAAGCCAUCCUCUGCCGCUUCCACUUUGCUGACUCCUGGAUGAUGAUGAGCGAGAUCUCCUUCCAGUCAGACAUGGAGAGUGUGAAUCCGAACUUCGUUACAGUUGCCACAAGCACAACAGAUCUGCUGGAAACGGAGCACAAUGUUACUGAGGGGACCUGGGAAACCACAUCUUCUGUGACCAGUACCUGGAUAGGAGAGAAAGCAGAUGACUCCAGCACCUCCAUCCUUGUGGGCUGCCUUGUGGCUAUUAUUCUUCUGCUCCUAAUGAUUAUAAUCAUUAUUCUUUGGAAGCAAUAUGUUCAGAAAAGGUUGGAAAAGGCCCCACGUCGAAUCCUGGAGGAGGAUGCCACAGUUCGCCUUUCCUUCUACAGCUACACCAUUGCCAACAACCAGACCCAGAUCCACCAGUCAAAUCCCACUUAUGAACGUGCUUUCCCACUGGAUUUGGAAUAUCACCAGCCAGCUACGCUGCUCCAAAAGCUUCCAGAGCUCUCUCAAAGUGCAGAGGAUUCAGUGUGCAGUGGGGACUAUGCUGAGCCCGACCUGACCAAGUCUACUCCUCACCAAGGCUUUCAGAACAGCGUUCCUCACUAUGCCGAGACGGAUAUUGUCCAUCUGCAGGGUGUAACUGGCAACAACAUGUACGCGGUGCCUGCCCUCACCGUGGACUCCCUCACCAAGAAGGACAUCUCCGUGGGUGAAUUCCCAAGGCAGCAGCUACGGCUCAAGGAGAAGCUGGGAGAAGGGCAGUUUGGAGAGGUGCACCUUUGUGAAGCCGAUGGCCUGCUGGAAUUCCUGGGAGUCUCCUCUACAGAAUUCACUCACCAGCCUGUUCUUGUGGCAGUGAAAAUGCUGAGAUCAGAUGUCAACAAAACAGCCAGAAAUGAUUUCCUGAAGGAGAUCAAGAUCAUGUCACGACUGAAGAACCCAAAUAUCAUCCGGCUCCUGGGGGUGUGUGUGCGUGAUGACCCCCUGUGCAUGAUAACAGAGUACAUGGAAAACGGAGACCUCAAUCAGUUCCUGUCACAGAGGGAGAUCUACAGCAAAUUUGCCAUUUCAAACAACAUUCCCUGUGUCAGCUACUCCAACCUGCUGUACAUGGCCACGCAGAUUGCCUCUGGAAUGAAGUAUCUGGCAUCUCUGAAUUUUGUGCACAGAGACCUGGCAACUCGCAACUGUCUGGUGGGGAACAACUACACCAUCAAGAUUGCAGACUUUGGCAUGAGCAGGAAUCUCUACAGUGGGGAUUACUACCGUAUCCAGGGAAGAGCUGUACUGCCCAUCCGUUGGAUGGCCUGGGAAAGCAUCCUCCUGGGCAAGUUCACCACAGCCAGUGAUGUCUGGGCCUUUGGGGUCACCCUCUGGGAGAUGUUCAUACUGUGUAAGGAGCAACCUUACAGCCUCCUCUCGGAUGAGCAAGUCAUUGAGAACACAGGAGAGUUCUUCCGGAGCCAGGGCAGGCAGAUCUAUCUCUCCCAGACUCCUCUGUGCCCUAACCCCGUGUUUGACCUGAUGUUGAAAUGUUGGAGCAGGGAUAUAAAAGAUCGUCCCACUUUUGACAUGAUUCACCACUUCCUGCUAGAACAAAUGGAAUCAAACAUUUGACUCCAGGAAAAAGAGACAAACUGUUGAGAACAGAGUGACUUUGGUGCCUCUCUGCCUGUACCUCACAGAAGAUGGUCAGGCCACCUUGCUCUCCUCCCUUGACUGUACCGUAUUUAAGUUGAGACGUCCAUGGCAGCUGCUCAUUCUAUUGGCCAUGGUCUGACAUGCAAGACCAGAGGAUCUCAUUUGGUUGAAAAAUCAUCUCCUCUUCUGAAUCAUUUCCUGGGAAUACUGUGAGAGGGGGUUUCUUGGAUACCCACACACCUUUGGGCAAAACAGAUGA